AUGCCUUCUGGCUACUUGGCUGGAGUCUUCUCUCGAGCAGUUUCUGAGGAUGACAGUCUGACGAGGUGGGGCUGGAGGGAUUGCUUUAGGUUUCAGCCCCACUGGAAACAGCAACAAGAAGACAACAGUCCCCGGACAGAAGCUCAUGGGUGUCGAGUGGAGACGGGCCAGGUACCUCGAGUAGGCGCUCAAGACGGGACGAUAACUGGGUGGACGCGAUACAUCGCAGUCCACCCUCGGAAGAGGACCUAUCCAGCCUGUGCUCAGGACGAUGCUUUGAAGGGGUCAGGACGGACCUGUCGACCUAACUGCGGGGACCCUAACUUCCCAGCUGACGGCCAAGUUCCGAGCGGCGCUGGGCGGGGCCUGAAGAGCUGCGGAACCGAGCGGCUGCGGUCAGUCCGCAUCGCCGCGCGCGUGGAAGCCAAGAGGCGGGAAGCGCUUGGAGAAUAUUUAGACGGGAAGAAGGAGAGUGAAGAAGAUCAGAGCAAGAGCCACAAACAGAGAGAAGAGAGCAGAUUGAAAUUGGCUAAACUGCUGCUCUAUGGCACUGAAUUGGUGACAAAUAUCCGGGUGGCUAUAGAUGUCAGGGAGAUCCACAGGAGGGUGGAAGAAGAGGAGAUAAAGCGUCAGAGAACGGAGAAGCUGGAGAAUGAAGUCAAGACCAGCCAGGACGAAUUCGAUGAAAUCACUGCCAGGUGGAAGGAGGGCAGACAGAAGCAGAUUCCUCAGGAGCUGUGGGACGUGCUCAGCACUCAGCAGCUGCUCUGUGCUGGGCUGAUAGAAGACAAGAACAAGCUCAGCAGCGAACUGCAGCAGGAGUUAAAAACCAAGGAUGACCAGUAUGUGAAGGACCUGAAGAAACAGGCAGAUGACAUCUCCCUGCUUCUGGAGAGGAUGGAGGAGCAGGUGAAGAGCAUGACAAAAGCCUUCCGCCAGGAGCUCCUUCACAUCGAGAAAGCCUUUGAGGUGGAAAGACAGGAGCUGCUGACCAGCAACAAGAAGAAAUGGGAGUGGGCACUGCAGGCUCACAGCACCAAGGAGCUGGAGUACCUUGUCAACCGCAUGAAGAGAGUGGAGGAAUGCGAGCAGCAGCUGAACCAGCAACGGCUCUGGGACCGUGAAGAGUACAUCGUCAUCAAGAUCAAGCUGGAGCAGGACGUGCAGACUCUUGAGCAACAGCUCCAGCAAAUGAAAGCAACAUAUCAACUAAACCAAGAGAAGUUAGAGUAUAACUUUCAGGUGCUGAAGAAGAGAGAUGAAGAAAGCACGGUCAUUAAAUCCCAGCAGAAGAGGAAGAUCAAUCGCCUGCAUGAUAUACUUAACAACCUGAGAUCAAAAUACACGAAGCAGAUAAAGCAGUUUCAGGAGGAGAAUCAGUCUCUGACUGCAGACUACAAACGUCUCGUGAUGCAGUUCAAGGAGCUACAGAAAUCCAUGAGGCAUUUUGCUCUCAUUGACAAUGAGAAGUUUCGGGAGAUUUGGCUGAUGAAUGAAGAGGAGGCGAAGGGACUCAUAGCCAAAGCCUUGGAUGUGGACAGGAUCAUCUACACCCAGCAUCUGGGGCUCCCCUGGACAGCGCCUGACUUCUGGUUCCUGAACAAUGUGGGGCCCAUUUCCCAGCAGCCGCAGAAGUCUGCCACCCAGAUAGUAGAGGAAGUGCUAAGGCAAACAGAAGAGGAGGAGGCAGAAGAGGCUGUCUCACAUUCAGAGUCGUACCUGGACCUGCCCAAGCAAAUUUCUGCAAAAACUACCAAAAAGAUCCUGAUGCUUCUGUGUGAUGAGUCGGGUUUCCUCAUAGAGAGCAAGUUGCUGAGCCUUCUCCUUCCGCUGGAGAAGACCGAGUGCUAUCUGCUGAGGUUGGACGCCAUCUUCUCAGCCCUUGGAAUCGAAAAUGAGGAUGACUUAUACAAACUGGUGAACUUCUUCCUCAAAUACCAAGCCCACCACGGAUCUUCCAGCCAGGUGAACCCCAGGGAUGGCGCAGACACGGAGCGGUCAAGCCUUGUGUCAGGGGUGGAGCAAAGCAGCCUCUCAUCUGCCGUCCCAAGAGCCAGCCUGGCGCCUGGGUCGGAGGCAGCAGAGACCUGGCUGGAGGACGGAGCUGGCGGGGAGCAGGAGGAGCGGGCAGCCCCGGCUUCUCCCAGGCUCAUCCACCCCAAUGACGUCCUCAAGGCUCUGCAGGCCUUCGUCAUGGGUCUGAGGAAGCCCAGGAACUUCCGGGCACCGCGGACAGUGGGGAAGGAUGUACGAGAUGACUCAAAGGACUCGGAGUACUGGGAGGCCCUGACCACGGUCAUCCCACCAGCCAGGCAGAACCUGUGGGACAUGCUCUACGCAGCCCUGGAGCGAUACUACCUCGUCCUGACCCAGCGGGCCAAGCUGCUGGUGGAAAACGAGUCCCUGGAGCAGCAGAAUGCUGAGCUGCAGUCUCUCCUGAAGCAGUAUCUCCACUCCAAGAUAAACUCUGAACUGCAAGUUCCUCUGACUCAGGUGUUCCGUGUGCCCACCAAAUAGAGGUGGACCUGUGGCUGAAGUGGCUGGUGUACUCGGGCUGGUGCUGGGCGGGAGCUGGGGCCCAGGCCCAGCCUGGGUUUCCAGAGCUGUUGUUAUGGGCCUGUCGGAAGAAGGCAGCCAGAGAAGUUGCCUGUCUCCAGUAGCCCCCAUUAAAGUCUUCUGGAAGCGGUGGCGGUCUCUUGAAGGAGGCUGUGUCUGGUGACACAGUAACCCUGCCCCUACCUGUGUACCCCAAGAGACCUUGUGCCUGGGCUCAGAUGGGCUGUGUGACAGGGUGGAGGCCAGCAGCUUUGGGCUUUCUCCUCGGUUCUGGGCAGCUGUUUGCUAUGGUUGGAGGCUGGAACUCCAGGGCUCGUGUGGUCUUCAGUGUCAGAUUGUGCCCAGGCUUGAAGGAUUGUUUUCAGUGCUUUUGGAGCCCCUGCAUGAACCCAGGGGUUCCGCUGGGCUGUGGGGACUCUUCCCUGGCAGGGGCAGCCUGUGUUUGAGGCCUUCCUUGAACCCUGGGAAAGGCUUAUCAACCCAGAGCGCCGGCUGACCUGCACCCCACCCCACAGCUUCCCUCUCACAGGACCAACACAGAUGUGUCAGCUCAGUGUUUGAUUUAUUUUAUGAGAGAGAGAGAAAAAAUC